GGAUCUUAAGUAUGAUAGAACGAGGGCUGAUUCCCCCAACAGCAAGGAUUACCUUUCAGAAUCCACCCAUUAAACCCCACGCAAUUCAUCUGCAUAGUUUUGAUGAGCCACGUAAGAUUCCACCAGAAGAAUUCUCAGAGUUUCAGGGGAAAAGCAAAAGGUCAAGAGGACUCCUCGAUAGGAAGGCCAUGAAAAUUACUACACCAGCUAAAUCUGUGAAGUCAUCAUGGGAUUAUGACUUUAUCAUUUAUGAUGGUACCAUAGAUAAGACCGCUCCAGACUUCUUAGCCUUCAAGGCACAUUAUAGCUUAACCUGGGGAAGUAUUUUUUCUCUCCUGCAACAAAUCGAGAAGUUUCUCAAGGACUAUGCAAUAACGGAAGCCAAAGUAAAAGGGAAGAGUUUGGUGGCCCUGCUUCCAGAAUUUGAGCUGAAGAAUAAGCUCACCAGAAAUGACGUUUUGUCUGUGUUAGAGAACCCGCUUCACAUCCAGAUGCUGCUAAACCUGCCGGGACGGAGGUAUCAGGGCCAAGAUGGAAAGAACGAGGCUGCCAUCAAGAUCCAAGCCACAUGGAAGUGUUAUAAGGCGAGAAAAUUCUUCAUUUGUUAUCGCCAGAAGAAGUGGGCCUCAGGUGUGAUUGCCCUUGCGUGGCUUUUACAUUGCCACAAGACAAGACUAAAGAAGAUACUAAAGGAAUCUCGUCAGAGACACCUGGAGAAUUUCCGCAUUCGAGCCAAGCAUCUGGCAGCCAACUGGAGUCGCAUCAGGACCUCCAGGAGGACUAUUAUCCAUAUCCCAUCAUUAGGAUAUGCCCAGCCUGUGCGAAAACACAUUUCUGAUUUGGACAUACAGCAGAACAUGCAGCUGGGGAGGCUGUGUGACAUCCUAGAUGCCAACGUCAGUGUCAUCUACAUCUGCUCCCAUCCUAUGAAUGAUGAGUUAAGGCUGUACUACAGAAAGCUCCUGAGUCUACAAGCAGCUGUCAAAUCGGGGUUCUACGAGGAUAGGAGUGACCUGCAGAACAGGUUCAGAAUCAUCACCCCUGAAGCUGUAAACAUCUUCACUAAGCAUCACAUGUGCUUGGCCACUCACCUGAUGUACAGUCCCAAAGCAAUCAAAAGAAUCAAAAAUCUCAUCCAAGGAAAAGAGGCCUACAUCGUGGGUGGGGUCCUCCACAGAGAUGAUUUAGCUGUGGCUGACAUGCUGAAUGUACCCAUCCUGGGCUCAGAGCCUGAGCUGGUUCACCUUUACAGUGCCAAGUCUGGAAGCAAACAGAUUUUUGACAGUGCCAAUGUGCCAAUGCCUCCUGGAAUAUAUGACAUCUACACUUACCAACAGAUGUUAGAACAGUUGAGCCAACUGGUGACUGAUCACCUGCAAAUCCGACGCUGGGUCUUUAAAAUGAACAUGGAAUUUGGAGGAAACGGGACAGCAUUUUGUGACAUCCCUUCCCACCUCCAGUGCUACAAGUGGGCGCUAAAGGAGAGUGACAGAUAUGGCCAUGAAGACUGGAAGAAGAAGUGGGCACAAGAGCCAGCUCUGGUGAAGAUCUCCGAGGAGCUGGCGGGCAUUUUAGCACAGCACGUACAGCCAGUCAAUGAGAAACGGUUCCCAACGUGGAGGAAAUUCCUCCAAACAUUUCUCACUCAAGGUGGCGUGAUUGAAGGAUACCCACCUGCAGACAGUGUCACCAACCUCACCGUAGACAUGUUGAUAGAGCCUGAUGGAGAAGUCAGGGUACUGUCAACGGGGGACCAGUUUCAUGCUGACGGCCCCUUUAUUUCUUCUGGUACCACCAUGCCUCAGACCUCAAUGGACCCCCGAGUUCUCAGUUCUUUGUGUCUCCAAAUUGGAAAUGCCUGCAGAAAGAAAGAUGUGAUUGGUUACUUUUCUAUAGAUCUGGUGACUUUUAUUGAUCCAAACACCUUAGAGCAGCAGGUAUGGACAACAGGCCUCAACCUCUCAUACAGUGAUCAGCUAGCCAUGACUCAGCUCACCCUGUUCUUGACAAAUGGCCAUCUGGAUUGUAGUCUGAGCACCCUGGAAGUGCCCCGCUUUGAUCAAGAUACAGAAAGGAAGAAAAAGCGCCUUAGCAUCCAGGCAGAGCUGAUGUGUAAGGCCCAUGGCAUUGGCUAUGACCUUGAGGACAGACAAGGAACUGUUUUUAUAUUAUAUGAACCUCUGAAGAGAUACAAGUUGGGCAUGUUAACAAUCGGUGUGGAUCUCCAGGGGGUCCUCAUGACCUUUGCUCGCAAUCUCUUCAUCAUCCAUCAAGAAAUAUCAGCACCUAAUAUGCAAGGCGAGACCAAUUUUAAGACUACCAUUGAUGAUAUUGAAACCAUUUUAGGAGUAACAGAAGAAAAUAAAAUGAGAUUUGAAGGAGAAAAACAGUCCAAAGACAAGGAAGAUAGCCUGUAUGAGCCUGUUGAGAUACACUCAUCACCAUGACUGGAUGCCUGUCUAGAGAAAGAAAGAAGGAACAGUAUUUCCUUUGAUAUUGCUAUAAAGGUGGAGAAGUUAGUUUCUUUUAUUUGCCAAGAGGGAAGUCAGAAAAGAUUGUAAUGUAAUAGUCUUUAAAAUCUUAUUAUGUGAUGUCAUUUAUUCAUUAAACAAACCUACUGGUGUUUCCACUUGUGAGUGCUAAGUAAACCCUUCCUCCUCCCAAA